UCUAAUCUAUUCCCGAUUGUUUUGUUAGGUUAUCUUUCUGUCAAUUAAUAUCAUUAACCGUUAUAGUUAUAAUCAUAUAAAAUUUAUUAUAGCGUAAAUUUAACUAAGUAUAUAAACAAUGGGUGAAGCUCUCACUAAUAAACGAAAAAGUCGUCUAGCGGUUUUCGAACAUCUUCCAACAGAUUCAAAAAAGGUUAAACGUGAUGGAAACUCGGCUCCUUCAACAGAAUGUCGUAUGAUUAUAAAUGAAGAAGAACUACAGACUUUGAUUAAACCUCGAAAUAGAGGUGUUCGCUUGGUGGAAGAACCCCUACAACUAUUGUGCAAGUGGACUGAUUGCACAGAUUCGUUUACAGAUUAUAGUAGUUAUAUGAAACAUGUAAAUAAUCACGUUCUUUAUUUGGAAGCAAGUGGUUCGAAAGUAUUAAAAUGUUUAUGGGGAAAAUGCGAUAUAACCAUAGAUAAUAUAAUGGGUUUAUUAAAACAUGUCAGUUUUCAUGCGUAUCACAACAAAUUAAAAAGUAUUGGUGAAAAUAUGGUUGGUAGAUUAAAACUACCUAAAUGUUAUAAAUCCGAAGAAUUUACUGUUCCCGGUGAUUUACCUGAUUUUAAUUGCGAUUGGGGGACUUGUGAUAAAUAUUUCGUUUCUAUUAAUGAUUUUCAAUUUCAUAUUAAGUUGCAUGUCAAUGCUAAUCCCAAGUAUUGUAAGAAAGGUGAAUCAAUUGAUUGUCAAUGGAGAGAUUGUAAACUUAAAUUAUCUUCUCAAUAUAAACUCUCAGAUCAUAUGAGAUCUCACACUAAAGAAAGAGUAGUUGCUUGUCCCACUUGUGGAACUAUGUUUGCAACUAAAACAAAGUUUUGUGAUCAUCGAAAAAGACAAUUACCGUUAGAGUUGCAAAGUUAUCAAUGUUCUCAGUGCUCAAAGCUUUUCUCAACCGAACGUUUAUUAAGAGAUCAUAUGCGGGCACAUAUAAACCAUUACAAGUGUAAUUUUUGUGAUAUGACUUGCCCAAAGCCUUCAAAUUUAGCCAAACAUAUUAGGUUUCGUCACAUGAAUGAAAGGCCAUUUAAAUGUAAUCUUUGUAAACACUCAUGUGUCUCAAAGGAUCAUUUAGAACAACACUUAACAACUCAUUGUGGCGAAAAAUUAAUGGCUUGUGAUGAAUGCGAUUUUCGUUGUCGAUCACUUUAUGGAUUAGAAAGACAUUAUCAAAAAGAACAUGGAAAUGGUUGGACACAUUUUUAUGAAUGCCACUGUUGUUUAAAAAGAUUUAGUCGUGGAAAUCAAUUAACAAAACAUUUAAUCAGCGUUCACGAUUAUCAUUGGCCUUCAGGACACUCAAGAUUUCGUUACAAAGAAGACACCGACGGAAUUUUAAGAUUACAAACUGUAAGGUAUGAAAGUUUAGAGGUAACACAAGAGAUGAUUGAGUCGAACAAUCAGAAUUCGACUACCGAUCCGAAAAGAGCAUCGAAACAUUACGUUUUGAUGACUUCGGAAACUGGCGAGGAAAAAGUGGUUUGUUCCACUGAUAACAAUGUUGUAAUAACAAUAGCCGACGUUGACGCUAAAGGACACGUUGUCAAAUCGGAAACGAUGGAAUCGAAUGAGAUGUGUGUUAAAAAUGAUGUUCGUUUGGUUAAAAAGGAAACAGUAUAAUUUCUUACAAUUUUUUUAUUGUAUUAAUAUAACAGUUUAAGUCAAGAAACAAAAUGUAUUAAUGCUUCUAAAGUAACAGUUCCACAAGUAUUCCUUACUAUCAUAUUGAUUCAUUCCUUACUUCAUUUUCUAAUAUUUUUCCCCACGACGUUCUGUCCUAGAUUGUGCUAGUCCACCAGGUUUGUUCCUUUUUUGUUCUUCAUCUGGCGCAUAAAGUGGCCGUACCUAAUAGCAAACCUAAAUCUAAAUAUGUUAUCUAAAUAUAUUUGGAUUGGAAGUUAAAAAAGAAAUUUUAAGUAAACUAAUUUAUUUACAAAUUUUUAUUGUGUAUCACAUACAAUAAAAAGGUUUACAUAAAUACACAAAUUGUUUUAAAUACAUGUACAAAAAAGUCGUCUUUAAUAAUAAUAAUAAUAAAAGUUUUGAGCUUAAA